CGCAGCCGGGGCCGCUUCCGGCGGGCAGUGCGCGAGCAGUCGGGCGGGCGGGCAGGGAUGGCGGAAGGUUCUGGAAAGCGGCGGAUUAAAGUGACGGUGAAGACGCCGAAGGACCGCGAGGAGUUCGCGGUGGAAGAGGAGGCUUCCGUGCGGGAGUUUAAAGAUGAAAUAUCCAAACGGUUCAAGGCGAAGCAGGAACAAUUGGUGCUCAUAUUUGCUGGAAAGAUUCUGAAGGAUGGAGAUACGCUCAGCCAGCAUGGCAUAAAGGAUGGUCUCACAGUGCACCUGGUAAUAAAGACAGCGCAGAGGCUCCAGGACUCUGCUACACAGCCUUCAACGUCGUCCAGCACUCCCAAUUCUGAGGAGACUGCUACACGGACCGAGCCUACCACAGCUACUGUUACCAGCACUAGCAGUGGGGCGAACACAGCACCUGCAACAGGAACACCCACGUCUUCUCAGUCUGUAUUAUCUGGAUUUGGUGGCAUUCCUGGACUCGGGAGCCUGGGCAUGGGUUCGGCAAACUUCAUGGAACUACAGCAGCAGAUGCAACGACAGCUCAUGUCAAACCCGGACAUGCUGGCCCAGAUCAUGGAGAAUCCCUUUGUGCAAAACAUGAUGUCCAACCCAGACCUCAUGAGGCAGAUGAUCAUGGCAAACCCUCAGAUGCAGCAGCUGAUGGAGAGGAACCCAGAGAUCAGUCACAUGUUGAACAACCCAGAGUUAAUGAGACAGACCAUGGAACUGGCUCGGAACCCAGCUAUGAUGCAAGAGAUGAUGAGGAACCAGGACAGGGCACUCAGCAACCUGGAGAGCAUCCCCGGUGGCUACAAUGCUCUGCGGCGUAUGUACACUGACAUCCAGGAGCCCAUGUUCAGUGCGGCCAGAGAACAGUUUGGGGGCAACCCCUUUACUGCCCUUGGUGGUGGUUCGGACAGUAAUGCUCAACCAUCUCGGACUGAGAACAGGGAGCCUUUGCCCAACCCCUGGGUCACAACAUCACCCUCUUCUCCAGCUGCCAGCUCCAACAGUGAAGGAGGAAACAGCACCAAUCAGACAACACCACCUGUAUCAAAUCCCUUUGGCAUCAACACAGGGAGCUUAGGAAAUGGAAUGUUUAAUAGCCCAGGAAUGCAGAGCCUAAUGCAGCAGAUCUCUGAGAACCCCCAGCUAAUACAGAACAUGCUGUCGGCACCGUACAUGAGGAGCAUGAUGCAGUCGCUGUCCCAGAACCCUGACCUUGCCUCACAGAUUUUAAUGAAUAAUCCAUUGUUCGCUGGCAAUACGCAGCUGCAGGAUCAGCUCCGAAUCCAGAUGCCCAUCUUCUUGCAGCAGAUGCAGAACCCUGACGUGCUGUCGGUGAUGACCAACCCCCGAGCCAUGCAGGCACUGCUGCAGAUCCAGCAGGGGCUGCAGACGUUACAGACAGAGGCACCAGGACUCCUGCCAGGGUUCAGCUCUGGUGGCCCUGCGCCUCAUUCCGGGCUUGGAGGCCUAGCCAGCGGAUUGACACCUACGACAACGGCGGCUAGCACUGGAACUGUGAACACAAGCUCAGGGAGCCCAGCACCCUCAGGCCCAGGCAACAGCAACCCACAGCAGCAGCUGAUGCAGCAAAUGUUACAGAUGUUAGCUGGGGCCAAUACUCAAGUACAGAACCCUGAAGUGCGAUUUCAGCAGCAAUUGGAACAGCUCAGUGCCAUGGGCUUCAUCAACCGCGAGGCCAACCUGCAGGCACUCAUAGCCACUGGAGGGGACAUAAAUGCUGCUAUCGAGAGACUUCUGGGCUCCCAGCCCUCGUAAUCACCUGAAAGGCAGGAGGGACGUCAGCCUUAUCUCUGGCAAUCUCACCACUUUGUUCAGCAGUGGGAGAGCAGGCUCCUCAGAAGGAUAAUAACUGAUCUUUUAAGUCAGUGAUUUAAAACAAAGCUCGUUUGAACUCAUCUUCACCCUCUCCAGUACGUAUCAUCCAGUGCUUAAUUGAAAAGAAAGGAUUGUCCUGUUGAGUUGUAACAAUGGGGAAAGCACUCUUGCUGUACAGCGUUCGUUGGCCUGUUUCACCCACUGCCCACCUCCCACUCUGCUUCUUUGUUCUGUAUUCGCUACCAGAGCCUGGAUCCAGUGGUUUAAAUGAAAUGUGAACAUAAAAGAGUAACAUUG